AUGCGGCGCCUGCUGCUUCUGCUGGCGUUUUCAGAUGCCAAGGCGGGCGUGAGCAAGGAGGCCGUUGGUAGCCUUCAGUGCCAGAUCUGUGAAAUUGCCGUGGAGGAGGCCAUCAUUUACUCUCGCGAGAACAAGAUCUCUGGCGAGGAUGAGUUGUCCGACAUGGUUGACGGACUCUGCUCUGUGAAGAAGAAAGAGGGGCGCUGGGUGUCGCAGUUGGAUGUCGUCCAGGAGGAUCCUGGCGGACCCCUUUCGGUGGAGAAGCAGGCUGACAUCGGCUACUGCAGGAGCGAAUGUACCAUUGUCCAAAGGGCGUGCCAAACCUCCUUGCGAGGCAAGGAGGAGACCCUGGCUUCCUUGCUGCAGAGUGGGGCUAAACCCAAAAAGAUCAAGGACCAGGUUUGCAAAAAGAUCUGCGGGAAGAAGCGGCCAAAGGUUACGGAUUGGAAGGAUGAGCCAUUUGAGGCACGUGACCAGAAGGAGGUAGAGACGGAGGACAUGAUCGCCAAGAUGAAAGCUGAAACCGGCAUGGGCAUGAAGAUGUACAGACGGGAGGAACUCAUGGGCAUGUCCGAGGGCGACAUGGAAACCAUGGCUGCACGAGAGGCCGGCGAGGUUUGGAAUCGCCACAUUUGCUCCUUCGACUUCCAGCGGGAUUCCGAGGGUCACACGAUCUGCGUGACAGUCUACCAAUCGACUUCCUGUUCCGUUGCAACUACUGCAUCGCGCUUAUUGGACAGGACAGGGCCUGUCUACAUGGGGAAUGACCAGAGCUACUGCAGCCCGUCCUGCCGCCGACGUGGCCGUUCGCUGCUCUACACAAAUCUGCGCUCGAUGCAGUUGGACGGACUCAUGGAGGCCAAGAGACCGGCGUCAGAGAGCGGCACCAGCGCGCUGAGCACCGCCUGGUCGGAGUCGUCCAUGGCAUCCUCGCGUCCGAGAAUGGACAGGCCGGGCGGCCCACUCGGAUGGGUGAUUAGCAAGGUCUUCCACGUCAUCUCCAAUCGGCUCCCGGAGUCUUUGAAUGUCCUGCAGAAGUCCUCACUGGUCCAAUCCGCCUCCGCUGCACUGUUGCAGCGGCUCGGGCAGGGUUCUUCCUUCCAGCGCCUCCUCGGAUACCUUCCGGAGGUCGAUAGCCUUCAGCAGAUGGAGGAGGAAGAGAUCGAAGAGAGUGACCUGAGCUGGUGGAUUUCCAGGCAGUGA